AUGUUGACUCUGAGAAAAAGAACUGCUGAGAAGUGUGGGAAGAUUAGAGCUGCUGGGUUCCACUUAGCCGAGAUUUGGGAGUGUGAGCUAGCGAGAGAUAGAGAUUUUGAAAAGUUUUACAAGACAAGGGAUCGCGAGAUAGUCGGCCCUCUCAAUCCGAGAGACGCAUUCUUUGGUGGACGCACAAAUGUAACGAAACUGACCUAUGAUUUCAAAGAGGGUGAGAAAGGGAAGACGUGUGCUGAGGAGAAGACUCUGAGGUGUAAACAUUCAAAACCAAAACGUGAGCAGCAUCUCUGCAGUGUGUGCGCUGAGAAGAGAGGGCAGAAGUGUAAUCAUUCAGAUGGUGAACGAUCGUUUGUUGGGACAUGGUGCACAGAUGAACUGAAUUUAGUUAUUGAGAAAGGCUACGAGAUAAAGAAGAUCUUUGAAGUGUGGGACUUCAAAGAGAGAAGCGACGACCUUUUCAAAGGUUAUGUCCGGAAAUUUAUGAAGAUCAAGAUGGAAUCAAGCAAGCUAGAGACAGGUGAAGGUUUUACGUAUAAGAGUGUUGACGAGCACAAGUCAAUCGUUAAAUCGAAGCUUGGGAUCGAUUUUACCAAGAUCGAGUUCAAUGCUGGAAAGAGAGCGAUUGCGAAGAUGUGUCUGAACAGUCUGUGGGGGAAGUUUGGGCAGCGAAAUAAUAUGAAGGAGACUGUGUAUGCCACUGAGCCUGCAGAAUUCUACAGAAUUCUACUCGAUGAUAGUAUCAAUGAUCUGAACAUUCAGUUUAUAAAUGGGGAAAUGGUCGAGAUGAGUUACAACUUGAAAGAUCAGUUCGUCGACAAUAGUGGAGAUACAAACAUCUUUGUUGCGGCGUUUACGACAAGCCAUGCAAGGAUGAUGAUGCAUAGAGAAUUUUUAGAACCCCUUAGAGAGCAGGUUCUCGGUUUUGAUACUGACAGCGUAUGGCAUGUCGAAAAAGAUGGUGAGCAGAAGAUCAAAACGGGGGAUAGUCUUGGUGAUGCGACUGAUGAGUUAGAUGGAUCUCACAAAGCAAAUUGGUGCGAAUCCGGCCCAAAGUCAUACAGCUACACAACAAGUGAUGGUAAAAUGGUGUGUAAAGUUAAGGGCUUCACACUUAAUCAUGAGAACAGCCAAUACAUCAAUGAAAAGACUUUGAAGCAGGUCAUUGAAGGACAAAAACGCCGAAUUACUAUUGUAAAUGAACAAGCGAUAACUCGCGAUCCGGCAACGAAACGGAUAGUCAACCGAUACCAAGAGAAAGACUUCGAACUGUGCUAUGAUAAGCGGGAAAUGGUGAAGACCAAAUCCGGGAUAGACACGUUUCCUUAUGGGUUUUGA